CACUGAGGUAACAGGAACCAGAAAUCGGGGAGGUGCAGAAGGAGGGUGUGCGUGUGCGUGUGUGUGUGUGUGGGGGGGGAGACGCUGGAGGAGCUCACAGAUCGCUGUGUCGGCGGCAAGCUCUGACUGGUGGAGCAGCUGGGGCUGCGGAGACGAGGAGCUUCCUGCUGCAGGCGGGGGGGAACGUGGCAGAGUCGGAGGAGCAGGAGAAGCGCGUCCGUCCGGGGGACUCGACCCGGGACUCGACCCGGAGCUCCUUUCUCAGCCGCGAUCUUCUCCGGCAUGGACUGCAGCACAUCUGCGCUGGCUUUCGUCUCUCGGACAUCGCCCUGAGUCGGGGGGAAGGGCGACUCGUUCCCCUCCCAUCGCGACCAGGAGCUCCGGCCACCGGGCAGCGGGACCCGGCGCUCGGAGGGGUUUUCCUGGCAGCCCUGCGCUCGCGUGAUCCCGACCCAUUUGCCCAUGUGUUUACCGCACCGAAGCGAAAGUAGCGCGGGGUCACUCUGGGAGAGGAGCACAAGCGCUUCACCAUGCUGCACCACGGUGCACCUCUGAGGCAGCCUCUGGGCACCGCUGCGUGAGUCAGACCAGCGGAGGGGCGGUGACUCAGCGACGCCGUCGACGACCAGCAGCCGCCCAUCUCACCCCUCGCUGGGUCCCAGAAGCGGAGAGCGGGCCGCUCGUGUUCCAGACCCGCGGAGCCCUGGACCGACCAUGAUGAGGGCCGGCUGCUGGACGCUGGCGGCCGUGUGGCUGCUGGGCGCCGUGUGCCGGGGCGCCGGCAUGUCCACCUGCAAACCCCUGGACCUGGAGAUGGUGAAGAGGAAGCGCAUCGAGGCCAUCCGGGGACAGAUCCUCAGCAAGCUGCGGCUGGCCAAGGAGCCCGAGGCGGGGCAGGAGGGCGAAGGGGGGGCCGUCCCAGCGGCCCUCCUGUCCAUCUACAACAGCACGGUGGAGUUCAGCCGCGAGCAGGCGCUCAAGGCCCAGACUGUGCCCGUGCAGGACGCCGAGGAAGAGGAGUACUUUGCCAAGGAGGUGCGCAAGUUCAACAUGAAGCCCGUCCAGAACAACACCAAGGAAAUGAUGUGGUUCAACGUGAGCGAGAUCCAGGCCAACGGGGUCAACGUGCAGCUGCUGUCCAUGGCCGAGCUGCGGCUGCUCAUCAAGAACCCCAACAUCCCCGGGGCCGAGCAGAGGCUGGAGCUGUACAGCGGCCUCGGGGACCGCGAGCGUUACGUGGGCACCCGCUUCAUCACCAACGCCAUGAGCGACCACUGGCUGUCCUUCGACGUCACACAGACCCUGCGCGAGUGGCUGCUGGGCACAGAGCAAGAGCAGGUGUUCCAGCUGAAGGAGCACUGUCCCUGCGGGGAGUCCAAAAAGGGGCUCUUCUUCUCCGUCUCAGGGAUGAGUACAACCAGAGGAGACACUGGCAUUUUCUCCGAACUCAUGCAGAAGCCCCAUCUCCUGGUGAUGUCCCUCCCCGCCGAGCGGGCCAGCCACAUGAGCUCGCGCAGGAAGCGAGCCGUCGACACGGACGACUUCUGCACAGAGAAAACAGAGAACUGCUGUGUGCGGAGAUUGUACAUUGACUUCCGGAAGGAUCUGGGCUGGAAAUGGAUCCAUGAACCUAGUGGCUACUAUGCCAACUAUUGCAUGGGGUCUUGCACCUACAUCUGGAACACCGAAAACAAAUAUUCCCAGAUUCUGGCUCUCUAUAAGCAUCACAAUCCAGGAGCAUCGGCCCAGCCUUGCUGUGCACCCCAGGUGUUCGAACCCUUACCCAUCCUAUACUAUGUGGGAAGACAAUACAAGGUGGAGCAGUUGUCCAAUAUGGUAGUGAAGACCUGCAAAUGCAGUUAAUGACCAGAUCCUGCCGUCCUCAACCCC